UAAAAAGUGACUCAUGGUGUCGCUGUGGGCUGGCAGAUAACAGACUCUCACCACUCCACCCACUACUACAUAGAUGUGAACUGCAGAUUUUCCAGAGAAACGGUUACUAUUCCCAACAUAUUGUGUCGUUUUGAUUGCCGUGAAGUGUUGGAUUAUUUAGUGAUUUUUACCGGCUUUUAUUUUGUCGCACUGGAAAGUAGAAGUGUUACAAGCUGAGGACGCCUUUUGUGUCAGGAUGGGAGACAAAGGAUUUCCAUCGCUUCGUCUGAUCUUCUUCUUUGCUUCCUUUAUCGUAACGCUGCACCUCGUUAAUGGAGACCUGAGUUAUUCUAUUCCAGAGAAGAUGAAACGCGACUCUCUUAUUGGAAAUCUGGCCAAAGAUCUUGGUCUUGAUCUGAGGACCUUAUCUUCCCGAAAGGCCCGUGUUGAUUUUGAGGGGACUCGUAAACGGUACUGUGAUAUUAAUCUGAGUACUGGAGAUUUGGUCACAUCGGAGAGAAUGGACAGAGAAAGCCUUUGUGCCCAGAAACCCUCGUGUGUUGUGAAAGUAGAUCUAAUUUUAGAAAAUCCUCUGGAGCUUCAUCGACUAAGUCUUCAUAUUCAAGAUGUAAACGAUAACUCGCCAAAAUUCAAAAAACAAUUGAUUAAAAUGGAAAUAAGGGAGUCAGCUGACAAGGGUUACCGCUUCUCUAUCGAGGAGGCCCAUGACGCAGAUAUAGGUCAAAAUGGUGUUCAAAGGUACAGCCUACAAAAGAACGACAACUUUAUUCUCGCUGUUGACAGCAACAAGGUUGAACUCGUACUAGAUAACAAACUGGAUCGAGAGAAGCAAAGUGAGAUUAAUUUGCUUCUCAAGGCUUUAGAUGGAGGCUCCCCUCAGAGAUCAGGUACUGUGGUCAUACACGUCACUGUACUGGAUGCUAAUGAUAACGCCCCAGUGUUUAGCCAGGCCGUUUAUAAAGCCAGUCUGCCUGAGAACUCUCCUCCAGAUACAAUAGUGAUUAAUGUUAGUGCUACUGACGCAGAUGAAGGAGUGAAUGGAGAAGUGACUUAUGAUUUAAACCAUGUGUCUGACGACGAUUCAAAUGUAUUUUCUAUUGAUCCUAAAACUGGAGAAAUUAAAGUAACUGGAGUGAUUGACUUUGAAGAAAGCAGUUCUUUUGAAAUGAGAGUGGAAGCUAAAGAUGGUUUAGGGCUAACCUCGUACGCCAAAGUAAUAAUAGAGGCUACUGAUAUGAAUGAUAAUGCUCCAGUUAUAUAUCUGAAAUCCCUGACUAACCCCAUACCUGAGAGCGUGUCACCUGGUACAGAGGUGGGCAUCAUUAACGUGCAGGACAGAGACUCUGAGGAUCUGUCCCUGGUGCCGAAAUACUUCUCAAGUUCGAUGAAACGCGACUCUGUUAUUGGAAAUCUAGCCAAAGAUCUCGGUCUUGAUCUGAGGACCUUAUCUACCCGAAAGGCCCGUGUUGAUUUUGAGGGGACUCGUAAACGGUAUUGUGAUAUUAAUCUGAGGACUGGAGAUUUGGUCACAUCGGAGAGAAUGGACAGAGAAAGCCUUUGUGGCAAGAAACCCUCGUGUGUUGUGAAAGUAGAUCUAGUGUUAGAAAAUCCUCUGGAGCUUCAUCGACUAACUCUUCAUAUUCAAGAUGUUAACGACAACUCGCCAAAAUUCAGAGAAAAUCCAAUUGAAAUGGAAAUCAGCGAGUCAGCUGAAAAGGGUAACCGCUUCUCUAUCGAGGAGGCCCAUGACGCAGAUAUAGGUCAAAAUGGUGUUCAAAGGUACAGCCUACAAAAGAACGACCACUUUAUUCUCGCUGUUGACAGCAACAAGGUUGAACUCGUACUAGAUAACAAACUGGAUCGAGAGAAGCAAAGUGAGAUUAAUUUGCUUCUCACGGCUUUAGAUGGAGGCUCCCCUCAGAGAUCAGGUACUGUGGUCAUACACGUCACUGUACUGGAUGCUAAUGAUAACGCCCCAGUGUUUAGCCAGGCCGUUUAUAAAGCCAGUCUGCCUGAGAACUCUCCUCCAGAUACAAACGUGAUUAAUGUUAGUGCUACUGACGCAGAUGAAGGAGUGAAUGGAGAUGUGACAUAUCAGUUUGGGCACAUAUCUGAUGACGAUGCAAAUGUAUUUUCUAUUGAUCCUAAAACUGGAGAAAUUAGAGUAACUGGAGUGAUUGACUUUGAAGAAAAUAGUUCUUUUGAAAUGAGAGUGCAAGCUAAAGAUGGUUUAGGGCUAACCUCGUAUGCCAAAGUAAUAAUAGAUGUUACUGAUAUGAAUGAUAACGCUCCAGUUAUAUAUCUGAAAUCACUGACUAACCCCAUACCUGAGAGCGUGUCACCUGGUACAGAGGUGGGCAUCAUUAACGUGCAGGACAGAGACUCUGAGAAUAACAGACAGGUCCGCUGCUCCAUUCAGCAAAACGUCCCUUUUAAGUUGGUCCCUUCUAUUAAAAACUAUUAUUCUCUGGUGACCACAGGACAACUGGACCGUGAACUAGUGUCUGAUUACAACAUUACAAUCACUGCCACUGACGAGGGCUCUCCACCUCUGUCCUCCUCUAAAACUGUUCAGUUAUCUGUAGCAGACAUCAACGACAACCCACCUGUGUUUGAGGAACAGUCGUACAGCGCAUAUGUGACUGAAAAUAACAAACCUGGCUCCACUUUAUGUUCCGUUACUGCUCGAGACCCCGACUGGAGACAAAACGGGACAGUGAUUUAUUUUCUGUUACCCGGUGAGGUGAACGGUGCCCCGGUGUCCUCCUUUCUGUCUGUUAACGGAGACACGGGGAUGAUCCACGCUGUGAGGUCGUUUGAUUAUGAACAGUUCAGGAGUUUUAAAGUCCACGGGCUGGCCAGAGACAACGGUUCUCCUCCGCUCAGCAGCAACGUGACCGUCAGUGUCGUCAUAUCGGAUGUGAAUGACAACUCUCCUCAGAUACUG